UCAGGCUGGGAACACGGCGCGAUGCCUGUUCUAUGCCAGCAGAGCCCAGUGCUGGCAGGCAGCGCCGCUUUGGCUGCCCUGGGGUUGCUGGUCCUGUACCUCGCAGAGCCCUCUGGUUACGGGAAGCACUCGGAGACCCUGAUGCCCGCGGCUAUCCGGCUGCCCGCCCGCGCCGCCUGGUUCCUGCAGGAGCUGCCCUCCUUCGUGGUACCCGCGGGGAUCCUCGCUGGGCAGCCGCGCUCUCUUUUCGGCCCGCCUGCGACUGUGCUUCUGGGCCUCUUCUGCGCACAUUACUUCCACAGGACAUUUGUUUACUCACUGCUCACUAGAGGGAGGCCUUUUCCAGUUGUAUUCCUUUUCAGAGGCUUUGCCUUCUGCGUGGGAAAUGGACUCCUCCAAAGCUACUAUCUGGUUUACUGUGCUGAAUACCCUGCUGAGUGGUACACAGACAUACGGUUUAGCCUGGGUGUCUUCUUAUUUAUUUUGGGAAUGGGAAUCAACAUUCAUAGUGACUAUAUCCUGCGCCGGCUCAGGAAGCCUGGAGAAACCACCUAUAGGAUCCCACAAGGUGGCUUGUUCACGUAUGUUUCUGGAGCCAAUUUCCUUGGUGAGAUCAUUGAAUGGAUUGGCUACGCCCUGGCCAGUUGGUCCCUCCCAGGACUUGCGUUUGCAUUCUUCUCACUUUGUUUCCUUGGGCAGCGAGCUUUUCACCACCAUAGGUUCUACCUCAAGAUGUUUGAGGACUACCCCAAGUCUCGGAAAGCUCUCAUUCCAUUCAUCUUUUAAAGAAACCAAAUGGAAAAGGGACCAGGCUGUUCAACAAUCCUGUCGAAAACCAUCAAGCUGCUGAACAUGUAACUUCCCGCUGUGUUGCUGAAAUGCAACGAGGCAUUGACCCGAUUUCAAAGUUGUGCAUUGUCCCAGUACCUCUGUCUUCCUGAAGAGUCCAUGGUUUCUUUUAGAGAUAUCAUAGCCUAACCCAGAAAACUCGGGUGGGUUUUUUUUGAAGGUCAGGUUUUAAUGAACACAAAGAAGAGUACAUGACUCUGGUUGACUACAGAGAGGAUUAGUGUUUCACAACACACUGUAAGGUCUCAUAUUCUUGGAAACUGGUGGAAAUAUCCAAAUAAUGAAAGUGUUAGAUGAGGAAAAUUACCGAGUAAGAGCAUAUGCCACUUGCCUUGCGGAGACAUGUGCAGUGAAAAUGAAGCAUCACAGAAGCACCCAGCAACUCUUCUCUUCUGGACUUUCUGCAUCACAGUCCUCAGGAUCUAAUCAAGAAGGCAUGUCUUGGGGUACCUUGAACAUCAUUCCUCUAAAGUCCUGGGGACAGAGCCUGAAAACUGUAACUGGAGGGACAUCUCUGGGAAGAAAACCUGUCUUUUGGCUCCAUCAGUGUUUCACUCAUAGUUUGGUUUUCUUUCUUUUUUUUAUAUAUUCAAGAUUUCCAAACUUUAAAAAUUAGAUUUCUACAUUUUUUAGCUUCCUUUAAAACAUCUUGGCCAGAAGAGCCUGCUAAGAACUGGGAUGAUCAGCUGGUACAUAUUAGAAUUUGUGACCUCUGUGGAGGGGUCACCAUCACGUGGGUGCUGAGGCUGGGCUCUCUAAGGAAGGGGCUGAACAUUCGUCUUCAGAACAUAAUGGUGAUAUUUGCCUCCUCAGGUCUAGGUUUGUGGCAACUGUUGGUAAUAUGUAGCAGACCCCUUCGAGAAGUGAGAACCAGUUUUGUCAGAUGCGGUGCUAAGAACUGAAAUUUACUAGAUAAAACACACAAGGCACUCAGAAGAUCUGAAGAGUAUGUAGAUUACUGAAGAAUACAAAUUGUCAUCAUAUAAAUACGUGUUUUACUGUUUAUUAAAUGCCUCUCGAAUCAUGUAUGUUAAGUAACCUUUUUUAAUUAAAAGAUCCCGAAACUCA